CCUCAGCAUGGACUGCCUGAUGUCUUCAUCUCAAUGAUAAUGGACGACAGAAGAAUUGGGUUCGCCGGAAUUCCAGCGCGCGACCUCUACUUUUCUGUCUGCGAGCCGGAAAGAGGAAAGUGGGCCGGUCAACUGGCCACAUUUUUCAUUCGGGUAAGCCAAUAA